AUGUCGCGGCACGGCGACAAGUACGGGCACGGGCACGGGCGCGGCGGCUUCAACCACCCCGUCCUCGAAAGCCUCGGAAUCGGCGCCCUCACUCUCGGCGGUGCCGCUGCUGCGAUCGGCGCAUCAUGGAAAGUCGCCGAAUUCCUCGUCAAGUGCAAGACGCUCUUCGAGGUCCGGAGCGAGAAUGCGGUAUACGUCCGUCUCGUCGAGCGCGUCAAGGUGGACCUCGCCGAGGCGGAGCGUCUGAUGGCGCUCAAGUCGGUCCAGGACGGGAUGCGCGAGAACAGGGAGAAGACGCUAUAUGUCCAGUCGUUGAUCCGCGGGGUGCACGACGCCAUCAAGGGGAUGACCAAGUAUACGAGCAAGGUCGCCGACGCGGGGAAGUGGAUGGGUCUUCCCACGAGACUCUGGUGGGUGCUUCAUGAGCGCGAGAAGCUUGCCCAUAGGCAGAUGGAGCUUGCGAUGGCGAGAGAGGGGAUCAUGGAAGUCAUCGGGUGGCUUGGCGAGUUCGAGGGCAUUCCGAAGAAGGCCAAAGAGGCUUCGGAGGAUCGCAGAGGGAGUGUGGAGCAUCGCAAAGAAGAUGGGCGAGACGUACGACAUACGUCAAAUCAUGUUGAUGUUCACAUCGACACCAGACGCCAUGACGAUCGCCGUGAUGAGCGAUGGGAGAAACACUCUGUAUCUGAUCAUGGACGCCAUCCCAUCCGCCGUGAUGAGCGGUGGGAGAAACACUCUGAAUCUGAUCAUGGACACCAUCCCAUCCACCGUGAUGAGCGGUGGGAGAGACACGUUGUUGAAUCUGAUCAUGGCCGUCCUCCCAUGCGCAUGGACGAAGAGCGCCGAAGGUACGAGUACGUCGAGGAUUUCGAUGAUGAAGAUGCACUUCGCCACGGCGACUGGAAACAAAACGGCUUCUACGAUGGCCGCCCGGACGGACCGCUUGCUACGCGACCAAGAUUCUUGAGCAUGCAGAGCCCCGGGGCUAAUUACACUGAAUCCAGAAUCAGGGAGAGGGUUGAUGAUGGAGGUCCUCUACCGCGAGAGCAGUGGCCAUCGAAGCUCUAA